GCUCUUUUGCAAUCAUGUCGUCGCCGCAGUUCUCCCUCGACAGCUUCAAGCCAUCCAAGCUCUUCGACCUCACAGGGCGAGUCGCCCUCGUUACAGGCGCGGGUACAGGCAUUGGCCUCGCUCAAGCGCAGGGUCUCGCAGCCGCCGGCGCGAAGGUCUACAUCGCCUCACGACGCGGUGACAUGCUGGCGGAUGUGGUCAAGAAGUACGGAUUCCACGACUACCUGGAGAUGGACGUGACCGACAAAUCUUCCAUCGAGUCUGCUGUCCAGUCUUUCAGCAAGAAGGAGGACAGGCUAGACAUCCUAGUCUCCAACGCUGGCGGGGCUGGUCCAACGCACUUUGGGGCUGAUACCUCGGCGCCUGAUGGGACGACUGACCCGGCCAAGAAGCACGAGCCCAUGUCUGCAGACGAUUACAAGAAGAACAUGGACAAGAACAAUAGUUUCGAGAGCUGGACGGACAUCUUCGCUGUCAAUUCCUUUGCUCUCUUUUUCGUCGCUACGGCCUUCUUGCCAUUGCUGGCAAAGGGGACUGAAUACGGGCAGAAGCAGCAACAGCCCUUCACAAGCACGGUCAUUUCAACUUCUUCGAUCUCGUCCAUUGUCAACCAGAGUCAGAUGCACUUCGCUUACAACAGCAGCAAGGCCGCCGUUGUCAAGCUGACCGAGACCAUGGCAUACGAGUUUGCCUACUCGGUCAAGGAGAAGAUUCGCGUCAACUCCGUUGCACCGGGCGUCGUCCCCUCACAGAUGACCGCAGACAACCGUGACCCCGAGACGUCCAAGUCGUCCCUCAAGGAGAAGCUGCCAGUCAUGUCCAUCCCCGUUGGCCGACCUGCGCGAGAAGAAGAGAUGGCGAGUGCCAUCAUUUACUUGGCAGCGGGAGAGUACCUGCACGGCACCAUCCUCAGCGUGGACGGUGGCUUCUCACUCUCGCAGCCCUGAGAUGGUCAUCGACGGGCCAUGGGAGCGGUUGAAGGAUGAGUGGCCGGUGCAAGGGUAGACACUGGACCGUAGCGAUGCUUCGCUCAUCACCGUCUUGCAGAAGGAUGCGAGAUUGGCUCAUGCGCCGCAAAUGCCUGGGCUACGUUUCGUUUCUGGUCUACAUACAUACAGCUAUCCUGCUUUGCCGUAAAGAAAUGUAGACACUUUGCCGGAUUUGGUCUCUAAAUCCAGCUUUUCUUGCCCAACUUAGACCCACUUAACACUGCCGCUCGCGCUGCUCAGCGGUGCGCUGGACGAGACGCACGCGGACAUUGACGGACAAGUCUUGCUCACUGAAGUCGAGCAAGGCUGCCACCGCCGGGCAACUCGCAAGUCCCAGUGCCGCCUUCUUUUCCAGGAAGAUUUGCGGAAGGAAGAGUCGGACUGAUCUGGACUCCACCGUCUUCUUUGCAUGGUCUGAGCCC